AAUUUAUAGUCGAGACGUGCGGACGUGCGCUAAACACCGGUGAAGUGGCAUGCCACAGCGAAUUUUUUACGAUGAAUUCAAUAAGUUGGCCUGAUCCUAGCGACCCUGGAAGAAUUUCUCUAGCUUAUCGAGAUCUGAGUGAACUUCCCGAAGGCUGGCACAAAAAGUUGAGCUUCGGUGACAUUACAGCGUUGGAUUUGAGCCACAACAAUUUGUCGUAUCCUUGUGCAGUUUCUGCCUGUAGUGAUAUUGAAGACUAAAUCGUUGUCUGUAAAGAGUAAGAUUUCUGCUCAGCCCCAUAUAUUUAUUAUGCAUACAUGUUUCGACUCUGUUCAUUUGAAGUAGCAUGAAAUAGGGACUGUAUAAGAUUGUUACAUGCAUUAUGAAUAAAUUGGGAUGUGCCGAAAUCUCCCAGACUGGCCGGUGUUAAUAAUUUAAGGUGGCUGAACACAGUUUUGGCAGUUUGUGAGUGUAUUCAUUUACCAAAUCAUGACAAGGGAAAGGUUGCAGCUCACAAGCUGAAACUUGGCAAGUGAAAAAUAUACUGAUGAAAGAUUUUGAUUGCCAGGUAAAAUUUCAGUUUUACUAGUUUCCAUGGCAGCAUGAACGAUUGAAUACAACCUAAAAUUCCACUUUUGCUCAGUUUACAUAAAAUUCGCUCAUUAGAUGUUCCUAUAGACUUGCACACAGCUUACUAUAGUUAAUCAUUACCAUUUGAAACUUAUUUGACCAAAUUUUAACAGGCGGGUUUUAGAUAAUCAGUGAUAUAUUAUUGUACUGUAAUUAUUAAAUGUGUAACAAAAUUCGUCUGUUCAACUUUCAUUUUAAAGUUCUCAUUAUUUAGAAUACGAUAAAAGUAAAAAUUCUGCCAAAUAUCACAAAAUAUUAAUGACUAGAUUUUGAGAAAUUGUCCUCUGUGUACCACUGCUUUUUUGCUGCCAUGUUUGUUUGUCUAAUUAAAACACUCACUGUCACGCAAUUUACUGCUGACCGCCCACAAAACUGUGUUCAGCCACCUUAAGCGAACAUUGUCGUAUAAUGCUCUGAAGUUGAAGACUUAAGGAGAAGGAAGGUAGUUUUCAGAACAUUUCACACACUGAUUUACCUUUUUAAAUAAAUACUAGUCUGCCAGUAAAUCCUUACACAGAGGUUUGAGCGAUUUUGUACAAAUUGCUAGUCAUUUGUGAUCAAGAAUAUUAUUACUUUUAAUUGAAGAGUUGAUGCUCUUAGUUACAUCAUUGCAGGAAAUUCAAAUGUUUGGUAUCAGAACUCAAAGCCAAGCUAGUAAUUCUAAGGGGUGGGGGUUUAAUAAAGGGAUUCACAUGUGCAGUAGUCAGACAUCCCUUGAGCCUCCAUGUGAGUACUUAAGGAUGUUGUUUUUCAACGAAAUUGUCACAAAUCCUAUCCUAUAUUUUCCAAGCAAAUACUGCCUCCUUCACUGGCUUUUCCAAGUCUAUUAGUGGGGAUUGGGGAACUUGUGAGCACGCAAGACAAGUGAGAAGCGCAAGAGAGGGAUGAUGGGAACGAGCGUAGAGUGCGAGUGGGGAGUGAUGGGAAGGAACUCCCUUUGUCCCCUCUUUCCCUAAUAAUUAACUCAAAUUUCCCCCAGUGAUUGCGAGCGACUGGGGACGAGGCAGAUGCAAAUAGGCUCAUGUUCAUGGCAGCCAGGGGAAAUUCCCAUCCCCCACCAUGACAGCCCUUUUCUGGGGAUAUUUUUGCAUGAACUAGGUAGCUAGCAUCAAGUUGAGGAGAAAGAACAUGUAGCAGUACUCUUAGGUGCAACAGAAGCUGGGUUAAGUUCUAGCCAUGUUGUUCCUCGUUUGCUUGAGUCUGCCUUUUUCCAUUCUGUAGUAUGGCCUUUUAAUUCCUUUUCAUUUAGCACCUGUUUUCCUUAAUAACCAAUCAUAGGGACUUCAAGUUUUUGAGAGACACUGACAAUCUGAAUACAUUAAUUCUGGAUUACAAUAAUCUCACUAGUCAUGUUAAAUUUCCUGUAAUUGGGUCACUUCACAUUUUGUGGGUAAACCACAAUAAAAUUACAAAUUUGAGCGCAUUUAUAGAGACUGUAGCCAUGUGCUUUCCAAACCUGAAAUACUUCAGCAUGAUGAAUAAUGAAGCAGCUCCAAGUUAUUUUAAUGGUGGCACGUAUCACCAGUACAAGGAUUACAGGUAAUGUCAAAAAAUAUUUAUUUUUCUUUAUUUUUUUCCUCAAAUUAUUGUGAGAGUGACAAAGUUUAGGGGUAGGAAUACCAAAUUUCAGUUUAUAAAAUGUUAUUGCUCACAAUGUAACCAGUGAUAAUUCCCCCUUCCCACAUCACACAACAUUGUGCCAUGGGCAAUUAAGAAACCAGCUUUAGGUGCAUUGAUUUCAAAUAACUGUCACUUGUAAUAGAGAAUUCUGGGUAGGGACAGAAAACCACCCUUUAGGGAAGGAGACAGAGAGAGAGAGAGGGGAGAGGGGUGGGGGGUAGAAAGAAUGCAAAUUCAUGAAAUUCCCUCCAUGGCCACUUUCACACAAAUCCCUAACCACAAAACAAUGCCCCCACCCCACUCCAAAAAAAGUUAGAUAAAAUAAAAUGACAUAAGCAAACAACACAGUAUAAAACAAGCUAAGACAGGGGAAGUUAUAACAAUCUACAAAAUGUUUGCUGACCCAGUUUUCAUAAAUCCAGGCAGAUAUAGAGGUAUGUAUAUGGUAGUCUAACAAAAACAUUCAUUGGGUUUCAGACGGAGGUUUUUUUUUCAGGGGUUUGCUGUGCCUUAAAGCAUUGUGUCCUUCAAGACAAAAUUUUGCUUGACAUGGUCUUUUAAGCAAACAAUGGAAAACCGUCUUUUGUGCUGUCUUUUCCUGCGGUCUUUUCUUGUCUUUUAAACAAUAUUGAUCCAUAUGGGUAAAAAGCGUGGCUACUAUGUCUAUGAAUUAAGCAUUUCAACUUCGAGAAACUUACCGUAAAAUUCCAAAAAUAAGCCCUGGGGCUUAUAUUUUUCAAAGGCCCUUUGCGAGGGGCUUAUGUACAGAGGGAAAUUUGCAUUUCAAAGUUGAUUGGGCUAGCUUGUAGUUUUUUUUUUAUUUUUAUUUUUUUAUUUUUUAUUUUUUUUAUUUGUUUAUUUGUUUAUUUUUUUUAUUUUUUUAUUUAUUUAUUUUUUUCUAGCUUGUAGUUGGGCUUAUACAGGGAGGGGCUUAUUUUCGGAAUUUUAUGGUAUUCCAUGAAACAUAAGCAUGGGAAAUAGAGAUUCCUAUUAUUACUUUUUAUUGUUCAAUACUAUCUAUUUAUUUGAUUAUUUUAUAAAUUAUUAGAAUUAUAAUUCUAAUAGUUUAAAAGUAAUACCAUUUCUGUUUAUAGGAAUCUAAUAAAAAUUAACAUUAUGUUAUGUUAUGUAAGGGGUCACCUAUUUUUUUUUCUUUUUUGCAAGGCAGCCUUCCAUCUCUUUGGGCAAGCUUAUUUUCUUGUUAUUUAUCAAUGAAAGAAGAGUGAUUCUACCAUGUUGUUUUUUUGCAGGUGUUAUGUUAUAAGCCAUCUUCCAAGCUUGGUUAUGCUUGAUGACCAUGCCAUCACAGCAGAGGAGAGGGAAGAAGCGCGUAAAGUGUAUGGCAACAGAAGAGUUUCCGGCAGCUCAAGGAGAGCCAGCAAAAAGCAUAAAGAAAAGGUCAGACUCUUAAAAUCUCUGCCGUUUAAAAACUACAUGUGGUGGUAUGAUCUGGGCUGGAUAUUACAGUCUACAGAGUGGCAGAUGAUAGUCAGGGGCAGAUCUAGGGGGAGAGUGCAGGGCGUAUGCAAACCCCCCCUGAGAUGACGUGCGGCUUUCUAAUACAACUGGUAUUCUGUAUUAAAACUUAUUUAUGUCACCAGUCAGUUGCACCUUUCCUUAGUGGUGCGACCCUCCUAAGAACAAUCCUGGAUACGCCCCUGAUAGUAAUUACUGAGUGCAGAGGUUUUUCCUUAAUUUGCUUUGCAAAUGGUUAGACCACCAUCUGGCUGACAUGAACAUGUGGACUGUAGUAACAAGUGAUUAUGACUUGUCCCUUUGCCAGUCGAUUCUGUUCAAACAGUGCCUUCAAUUGGGAUCUUUGAGAGAAAAACAGUCAUAAAACAUGUAGUGCCUUCUAAUGUUUUCUGGAGCACAAAACCAUUGAACUACUUUCAAGAUGUGAGGGUAUCCAAAUAUAUUUGUCAUUUGACUGAAAAUAGUUUUAACACAUUUGAUCCUGAAAUGCCAUUGAUUUGAAGCUACAUGUACAACCAGUUGCAAAAAUGUUGAGACAUUCCGACAAAAAACAAACUUUCUAGCUUCAAAUCGCUGCUAGUCGCAAGACUGUGAGAUACAUGUAUAAUACUGACCUCCCUCCUCCCUCCAAGUUUUGAGCAUGCAUAGUCGUGUAUUGCUAGCAACUUUGAUAAGGGGUGGAGGGGGGAUCACAAGCACAAGAUCAUGAAUGCGCCAUUUAAGCCAAAAUAUGGUACAGUGUCUCAACUACUUUUGCAACUGGUUGUGGUCGAGUUGUUUCGUUGUCACCAUCUGUUUAAAAAGAUAUGAGGUAAAUAAUAGUCUAGCCCAAAAAGUUGUUUACAAGUUGAGCAUGGGCUUUUGUACCCCGCUAUGACUGAGGUGUGAUUUUAUUUCUUCUCUACAUUGUAGUUUACAUACAGUGUCAUAAAUUAACAUCAGAUUAAAACAACAACAUUAUUAGCUUGCCCCUAUGUUUAUUAUCAAUCCUCUUGCUUUUUUUGCAGCCCAAGCAAAGUAAACAUGGAUGAUUCAGUGGAACAUUGCUUUGAAUCAGUGAAACACCCCAGAGAAAUGGAAAUCAUUAUACUGAAGGCACAUAAGUGGUAUAACAGAUCAGGGAGCUACAGUUUGUGCAUGUAUCAGCUGAAAUGUGAACAGAAAUUUUGCAAAUCUCAUUCUCGGGCACCCUGCGAGAAGAGCUUCCUUCUGUGUUAUUGACAGUGUUGACUUGUAACAGCAGGUCACAGGAUCUGAAGAUUGAGAUUAUACAUGCUAAAGAGGUUUUCAUGCAAUUUAAUAGAAAUGACCAGGGACUAUUUUCUUAAGCUUUUGGAAAGAAAAAUCAGACAUUUUGUAAUUAUCAUUAGUUAAUUAAAUUUAUAAUGGUUAUAGAGCUAUAUUUACCAAGAAAAAUCCUGCCAAAAUAUUUAUAAAAUAAAAUUACAGACCUUUAUCAAUUACGACUUUACUAUGUUAUUCAUUUUUGUAACUGUAUUUUGAGAGAAACACACAUAUUUCCGCCACUUACUAUCGUCCCUCUUGAACUGAACUGAAGAACUUAUGGUGUAAGUAAAUGUCGUAUUUUCAGAAUUUUAAUGGUGAAAAUAAUGUGUGCUGGAUUACAU